AUGAGUUCUGGCGUGAAUUCAGCGCUGCGGGAGCGCAAUGCAGCCACCAAAGACCGAUCUCAAGCUGCUGUCAUGCCCCAGGCUGCACAAAGUACCUGGCUGGAGAAGAAGAUCAAGCCUACCAAAAUCAGCGCUCGAUACCCUGUGAAAGGCUCGCCCCUGCUCUACGCGACCUGCGCCUUUGGUAGCUUGGGAGAUGCCCUUUUUGGUUACAAUUCCGGUAUCAUGUCCGGCUUGCUUGUCAAUCCAGUGUUCGUGUCUCGCUUCUUCAAGGAUUUUGGGGGAGCUGAUGGCUCGACUUCCUCGGUGGACCCUUCUAUCACAGGAAUAUCGGUCGCUUGUCUCCAGGCGUCGGCGGCGGUGGGUGCACUCGUUGCAGGUCGACUCGGUGAUAUGGUGGGACGCAAGAAAUGUGUUCGCAUUGGCGCCUUUAUCUACUUCUUCAGUGCGUUCAUCCAGAUGUUCGCCCCGGGAUUUGCAACCUUCGUCGCAGGUCGUACUGUUCAAGGACUGGGUGUUGGAUUUCUCUCUAUGACAGUGCCAAUCAUCCAGACCGAGAUUGCCGCGCCUCAUCGCCGUGGAUUGAUGGUGGGGAUCGAGUACACAUUCUUGAUUGCCGGGUACAUGCUGUCUUGCUGGGUUGACUACGGAUUCAACUUCUUGCUCCCCAGUGACAUGUCAUGGCAAGGCCCAUUCAUCAUCCAAAUCAUCCUGUCCUUCAUCCUGUUGACCAUGUCCUUCUUCCUCCCGGAGACGCCUCGAUGGCUGGCAAUGAAUGGCUUCCUGGAUGAAAGCCUGCAAACUAUCGCAGACCUCCAUUCAGAUGGCAAUACCGAAGAUGAAGAGGUCCAGAAAGUUUUCCUGGAGAUCCAGGAAGCCGUCAUUUACGAAAGCAACCUUGGCAAGUCCACGUGGAAGGAAAUGUUCACUCGAUACCGCAAGCGAACGAUUGUAGGCAUCACCGUGCAGAUGUACGCACAGAUCAAUGGAAUCAACAUCAUCUCUUUCUACCUCCCAAGCACUCUUGCAAGCGCUGGAUUCGACAAUCGAAAAUCGCUCCUGUUCACUGCAGCAAACGCCCUGCCGUAUACCGCAGCCACAAUUGUCACCUGGUGGCUCGCGGACAGAUGGGGCCGGAAGCCUCUACUCAUACUCGGCGGUCUUGCGAUGGCUAUACUCCUAGGCAUUGUCUGCGCCUUUACUGAGGCGGGCUUGGACGUCCAAAUCAAAGCAAAUGGCCAGUACGCAUUUGUCAUGCUCUAUAACAUCGUCUACGGCUUCACCUGGGGCCCCAUGCCAUGGUUACUGCCGGCAGAGAUCUUCCCGCUCCGCGGUCGCAGUAAAGGCAUGGCCUUAGCCACCACCAGCAACUGGAUCUUCAACUUUGUCAUCGGGAUGGUCUCGCCAGAUGCCUUUGCCGGCAUUCAUGGGUACUUCUAUCUUGUGAUUGCGGGCUUCUGCCUUUCUUCGGCCGCACUCGUAUACUUCUACUAUGUUGAAACUGCAAAUCACACCCUCGAGGAGAUCGCAAUUGCGUUCGGCGAUAAGGCAUUUGCGGACCAUGACGUAGAGGUUAUGGAGAUCGCUGACGGGAAGAUCGAGACGGUGGAAUCCCAAGUGUGA